AUAUGGGUUUCCUUUCUUGUAAACCCUCUUUCCUUCUGACUGGAACAAUUACUGAGAAUUAACUGGGAUUUCCCCCACGACGGUAGUAUAAAUAGGCUACAACCUGUUCCCGUUCCCAUUGUCAGCGCUUGACGGAAAGGAACGGCACCGCGGUGGGACAGAAAUCCAAAAUGCUAAUGACCAAGAAGUGGCAAGGAAAGAUAAAUAGGAAGAACUUUAAGAACAUUAAGACUACCUCUUGAGGAGGGACCCAGACAAAGCCCUUAAAACCAAGAGAAGAGGCCCUCAUGGAGGAGCCCAAGAGAAAGAAUUGUGAAAACCAAAGAACAAACUUGAAGAUGAACCUAGAGACCAUCCUUCAAGGACAAGCCCAGAGAAUGCCCUUGAGAAAGAACCUUAAGACCUUGAGGAAGAACCCAGAGCAGAAGAAAAAAACACCCCCGUAUAAAUGCAAGAUAUAAAAGGAUUUGAAAAAUGUACGACUAAGUGCAAGUGAAUAGGAGUCUUUUGAAGCAUAAAGGUUCCAGGAAAGUGCAACUACACUUUGCAAGUACAAAUGCAGAGCUGAUUGCUGGGAAUGAUUGGAGCAUGAGUACAAUACCUUAAAAGGUGGAUAUGGUGAUCAGAAAUCAGGUGGAGACUCUUGGGGUGAGGUGACAUCAGCAGGUCAGAGUGACUCUCAGAAGUCGCCCAAAUCUCUUUAAAACCAACACUGUUUUCAGAGCACCACUUAGACAUCCUGCCAUUCAGAGAUCAAGCACUGGGGUGGGGUGGGGUGUUGGGCAAUUACAUACAGCGUUAUUACAAACACGUUAAAUUUAUCUGCAAUAUUCAGCACCCUGGCUCCUGGUAUACAGCUAACUUACCUUCUGGUGGCUCUAAUAGCCAAGCUAAUUUCACAUAAUGUAUAAUGGAGUCUCCUUUUACCAGAGCACUUUCAAGCAUGCUUCCCAGCAGGUGCAAACAGAAGUAGAAGAAUAUUAGAAUUGCAAAUAUACAAGGCAUCCAUUUACCUCAGUGUGACGCACCACACCAUCUCCACCCACAGGAGCAACGUUCCUCCCGAACACUCACGUGCAACGCUGGGUUCUUCAAUCAUACAGGCAACCAAUGAGACAUGGAAGCUUUCAAACUAAUCGCGUUUUAAAAAAAAUAGGCAGCGAGUGGCCAGAAAUAGUCCUGUGUACCCUGUGAAACUGAACAAAGUUUAGACCAAGAAGAAACGCUAAAAAGAAAACGCAUCUCAGAAAUAAAAAUAAAAUUCUUGAAGGUGUAUUAGCAUUUCAUCAUAGCCUUCACAUGAAGUUUAAGUAUUACGUAGGCAGAGAUACUUUCGAGAUUGCUGACGAUCAUGACUAAGAUCUACAAAAUCUCGUACACAAGUAUAGACAACAUGAAACACCUCACCAAAUCCGGUGAUUCAGAUCCAUUCUCAAAAUAGUGAUCACCAGUCCUCUUCCUGGAGAUUUACCUUCCUGCAGGUUUCAUCACCAACCAAAAUCCAACACACCCCUUUUAGUUGAGAACUUAAUCAAGAACUUCUUAAAGCAACGAUUAGAUGGUCAGGUGGUCAUGAUUACAGUUGAAGCUAAAGUCUUCAGGAAUGUAGAUCUCCAGGAACAGGGUUGGUGACCACUGCUCUAAACAAGUCUGCUUCAAGUCAUCAUUGGUUACACCGUUACAGAAAAACACCACAACCACACCUGAACGUGUCCUAUAUUUAGCACACCCUUCAAAGCUCUGUUACCGAACAUGACGUCAGUGCAGUUCAUACGGAAAAUAUGACUCAGCAUCUUGCAUACAUCUCAUUACAUAAGUUUAAAAGCAGCCAUAUUACAAUACUUAUAUUUAAUCUGUUUGAGAAAGGCAUUCAGGCAAACCCAUAGGUAAAAACACUCUUCAAGAAGAUGGAGAACAUGUUGAAGCCUCUGACGGCCUUUUUUAAAAAAAAAAAAUCCAUCCGGAUAUUGUGAUGGAAGUUUCUAAACAAAAGCUCUGCCACUUAACCACCACACUAACAAGACACCCAAUUAUUCUACUACACAUGCAUUUCUAUAAUAAUUCAGCUCUAAACCAUUCCUUAACAGGUUCUGGGCAUUUCCUGGAGUCAGGAACAGAUGGUGACUUGGAGAUUGCACCAGGCUUCAGUGGUAAUGUGCCAAAUGUUUAACCUGAGCACCAGAUCCAUCAUGUAAGCAUUAAUACUGAUUAACAAAAACAACAUGAGGGUGGAGGGCACGGCGACUUAGUGAUUAGCACAUUUGCCUCCCCUCUGGGGUUGAGGGUUCAAAUCCUGUCCUGUGUGCGCUUUGGGGAUUUCCUCCAGGUACUCAGGUUUCCCAUCCCAGUUCACGGACAUGCGCUGUAUUGUGCAGUGGGUUGGUCUCCCUUGUCCCUUAUUUUCCCCUGUGAUUAUCCAUAAGUGGUAUUGAGGGACUUAAGCCCCGCCCCAUCUCUAUCCCCAUCCUAUCCUAUAGAAACACAUGAUUCAGCUUGACUUGGUUGCUAUUGUUGUUUAAAAUAUAAAACAAAAAUGUGGCGUUAAAUGUGACGUGAAAUACCCCAUAUAACAUUAGAACUCCCUUUCAGGAAAUUUCUGGAAUGGUCACAAAGCAGCCUGGGCCUUUACAGAUCCCACGUCUCUUAUCCAGGUUUGGAAAAUCUCAAGGUUACUAAAAAGUGUGGCCUCUUAAUUGCGCUCACGUGAUCACAGAACGAGGGCGCAAAGAUUUCCAAACCAACAGCAGGGGGCGCUCUAUGCAUUGUGUUUGUGUGUGUGUGUGUGUGUGUGUGUGUGUGUGUGUGUGAGAGAGAGAGAGAGAGAGAGAGAUGGGUUUGUGUGUGAUGCGGGAUAGAAAGUCUCCGCCGCUCCGCGCUUUAGCUCUGCCUCCGUCGCGCUGAUCCACGCUGCGCUCUCGCCCUUCCCGCCGCGGACAUCCGGCCAACUGAUCCGUCUCCCUCCCUCCCCAAUGAGAUCCUCCAAGCAUCGUUCCUCUGGUGAAUUCAGGACUUAGAGCGGAGGAGGAGAGGAAACAGGGAGAGAGGAGAGGAGAGGAGAGCGCCGUUUCCUUUGCUCCUCGUCUGGUUGAGACAUGCCAGUUCCAGAUCAGCCUGCUGAAUCCGAUAACGCCUCCACUGGAGACAGAACCGAAUCCGAGGCUGCUUCAGCCAUCCUGGCAUCAGUUAAAGAGCAGGAGCUGCAGUUUGAGAGACUGACUCGAGAGCUGGAGGCUGAGCGCCAAAUCGUCGCCACCCAACUGGAGCGAUGCAAACGAGGAUCUGAGACCAGCAACACCAUGAGUAACAUAAGUUCCACAUCAGAUGAACAUCUUCGCUGGGAUACUGAAGAUGGACAGGAAGACAUCGAGGACGAGCUGAACACCGGCCUGGAGCUUGUGGACUCGUGCAUCAGAUCCCUGCAGGAGUCGGGAAUUCUCGACCAUCAGGAAUACAGCACGAGUGAACGUCCCAGUCUGCUCUCUCAGAGCUCGCUGCAGCUCGGCUCGAACUCCUCCGGAUAUCACAGCUGCCAGGCGCCGGCUCCGAACGACGCCCAGGCUUCGGCAUCUCCUCAGCUGCAGCAGCCCGUAGGAGCCGUGCACAACUACAACCAGGUGGCAUCCGGGCGUGCAGCUCAACCCCAGAGCCAUGGCCCAGAACCCCAGCAGCCGUGUCCAGCCUCGGGAAUCUACUACUCCAGUGCUACGUUACCUGCUCCUCGUCUCAUCUCUCCCCUGAGCUCCAUGCAGCCCUCUGGCACGGCCACCGGCUCGGGCACCAAGCUCCAGCGUCUGGGCUCGGCCUCGGAUGCUCCGGCCUACGCCACCACCCAGCGCCUGCAUUCCUCCUCCUCGUCCUCCUCACCCAAGCCCUCUCCCGCAAGGCUUGCCAAGUCCUACAGCAGCAGCUCCCCUAUUAAUGCGGUGGGAGCUGGUGGCACGGCCUCGCCAUCCAACACCGCCUCGCCGCUGCACCAGCAGCUCAGUGUGGGCAGCUACGCCACGCUCUCGCCCACCAAGAGGCUGGUGCACUCUUCAGAGCAGUACAAGAUUUCACACGAGCUGUACGCCACCGCUACGCUGCAGAGACCCGGCAGUCUCGCCGGAUCUCGGAGCUCAUACAGCAGUCAGCACAGCCACACGGGUUCCGAUCUGAGACCCCUGCAGUCUCCAGAGCACCACAUUGAGCCCAUCUAUGAGGACCGGGUUUACCAGAAAGGCCCAAUGAGGAGCCUGAGUCAGAGUCAAGCAGAACCCCCUGCUCCAGGACACACUGGGACCUACCGUACCAACACUGCCCCGUCCUCCCCCGGUGUCGACUCCGUCCCUCUGCAGAGAACAGCGAGCCAGAAUGCCACGGGAACGUUCCCACGUGGAGGCUACACCGGCUACGUGGAGCCGUACCGCACGCUGCAGUACUGCUCGUCUGUGGAGUCUCCCUACAGCAAAUCAGGCCCCAGUCUCCCUCCCGAGGGGACCCUGGCACGCUCGCCCUCCAUCGACAGCAUCCAGAAGGAUCCGAGGGAAUUUGGUUGGCGAGAUCCUGAACUGCCUGAAGUCAUCCAGAUGUUGCAGCAUCAGUUCCCCUCAGUUCAGUCCAAUGCUGCCGCAUACCUGCAGCACCUGUGUUUCGGGGACAACAAGAUUAAAGCUGAGAUCCGGAGGCAGGGUGGUAUCCCGUUGCUGGUGGACCUGCUGGAUCAUCGGAUGGCGGAGGUGCACCGGAGCGCCUGCGGAGCUCUGAGGAACCUCGUCUAUGGGAAAGCUAACGAUGACAACAAGAUUGCCCUGAAGAACUGUGGAGGAAUCCCAGCUCUGGUGCGUCUGCUGAGGAAAACCUCGGACGUGGACAUCCGGGAGCUGGUUACAGGUGUGUUAUGGAACCUUUCGUCAUGCGACGCCCUGAAGAUGCCCAUCAUCCAGGAUGCUCUAGCUGUCCUGACCAACACCGUGAUCAUCCCCCUGUCCGCCUGGGACGUCUCGCCGCAUCAGGAGGACCGCAAGCUGCAGAUGCACACGUCACUCGUCCUGCGCAACGCCACCGGCUGCCUGAGGAACGUGAGCUCGGCCGGGGAGGAGGCGAGGAGGAGGAUGAGGGAGUGUGAAGGUCUGACAGAUGCUCUGCUCUUCGUCAUCCAGACUGCACUGGGGAGCAGCGAGAUUGAUAGCAAGACCAUAGAAAACUGUGUGUGCAUCUUGAGGAACCUCUCGUACCGACUGGCAGCGGAAACUUCUCAGGGACAGCAGAUGGGCACCGAAGAGCUGGACGGCCUUCUCUGCAGUGACUCCAACGGGAAGGACGGAGAGAGUUCAGGCUGCUGGGGCAAGAAGAAGAAGAAAAAGAAGGCGCUGGAUCAGUGGGAUGGUGUAGGCCCUCUCUCUGACACGGCUGAGCCUCCCAAAGGAAUCCAGAUGUUGUGGCAUCCCUCCAUCGUGAAGCCGUACCUCUUGCUGCUCUCUGAGUGCUCGAAUCCGGACACGCUGGAGGGAGCAGCCGGAGCGCUGCAGAACCUGGCUGCAGGGAGCUGGAAGUGGUCAGUCUACAUCCGUGCAGCGGUGAGAAAAGAGAAAGGCCUGCCGAUCCUCGUGGAGCUCUUGAGGAUAGAUAAUGAUCGUGUGGUGUGUGCCGUGGCUACGGCGUUACGAAACAUGGCCUUAGACGUCAGAAAUAAAGAGUUAAUUGGGAAGUACGCAAUGAGGGAUCUGGUCCACCGUCUUCCUGGGAGCAGUAACGCCAGUGGCAGCUCCACCAACAGCGCAACGAGCAAAACCAUGUCGGACGACACGGUGACGGCCAUCUGCUGCGCCCUGCACGAGGUCAUCACCAAGAACAUGGAGAACGCCAAGGCACUGCGAGACGCCGGCGGCAUCGAGAAGCUCAUCGGCAUCGCCAGGAGCAAAGGAGACAAACAUUCGCCCAAGGUGGUGAAAGCAGCAUCUCAGGUCCUGAGCAGCAUGUGGCAGUACAGAGAUCUGCGCAGCCUUUACAAGAAGGAUGGUUACUCGCAGUAUCACUUUAUCGGCUCUGCUUCAACGAUAGAAAGAGACAGACAGCGGCCGUACUCUUCCUCACGCACACCUUCCAUCUCUCCGGUCCGGACCUCGCCCAACAAUCGUUCAGCGAGCGCCCCCGCCUCACCCAGAGAGAUGAUCAGCCUCAAGGAGAGGAAGACCGACUACGAGUCCACUGGAACCAAUGCUAGUUUCCAUGGAAACAAAGGAGAGCACGCAUCCAGGAAAGACGCCACAGCAGUUCAAGUCUCGUGUGGAACCUCGACGCUCUUCCGCAACUCGUACGCGGCUCCAAACGAAGAGGUCAAGCACAACCAGAGUGUGUAUGAUUAUAGUGUCUCCUCGCCGUUUCCUCCCUGCAGAUCCCGGCCCAUCCGGCUCCCCAGGAGAGCGUCCGAAAGGACUAUGAGGUGCUUCCUCCAUUUCAGAACUCCACUAGAAACUUUGAAGAACCUUUUUACGAAGAUCAGGUCCAUCGGCCCGCUCCUGCCGCUGACCUCAGCAUGCAUCUGGGACUCAAGUCCACCGGGAACUACGUGGACUUCUACUCAGCCGCCCGUCCCUACAGCGAACUCAACUACGAGACGAGUCACUACCCCGCCUCGCCCGACUCGUGGGUGUAGGACUCGAUGAAUGACGACGCCGUUUGAUGACCUCGUGAAUGACUACACCCCACCCCACCCCACCCCACGCCCAACCACCGCGGCCCCUUCCCAGUGACUACAACCCGACGAAAUUCGGGUGCUUACAAAGAGAGGCUGGAAAACUGUGCAUGUGCAUGCAUACCACAUUUUCGUCGACGCAUUUCGUUCGUCAGAAGGCGUGUUCCGUGGCAAGAGCGGGAUCGAAGUGGGAAUAUCAGGAUGUAAGCACAAAAAAAGAAAGGAUUUAUGAAGGACGACAGAAAGUUUUGACCUUGAAAGGGAUUCGUAAAGUAGGGAAUUGAAAUAGCGAGGAUACGUGGACAGAUGCGUAAAAGAUGUUUACAUGGAACAUGGAAUGGCUUUUCACGUUGUCGUCGUUGUUGUUGUUUUUUUUGUUUCGUUUUUUUUUCCCUUUGUUUUCUUUCUUUCACCACCUCAUUGUGAGUCACGUUGAGUUUUCCCGAAUGUUUGAGAUCUGUUUGAGAUUUUUUUUUUUUCCAGCCUAUUUAUCUAUUCCUCUUCAUUUGAUUUGACUUUGAUUUGAUCGGUGUACAUUACACUGCUGCCACCACCGACGGAGGCGACUCUGGAGCUUCUUUUACAGCACAAAAAAAAAAGACCGAAAAAAAAAACACCUAGAGCACUUUUAUUUUGGAGAAACGUCUCAGCUAUCGGUGUCUCAUUUUCAGAACAGGGUACGAGAACGAUACCGGAGGAUUAUUGUUCGUUCUGAUAACGUGAGUGCGUUUUUGCGUCUAGACCAAUGUUUCGAAAGCAGUUACGAGAACAUCGUUCCACUCUCCGUAUCGAUGGAGUGCUUUCUCACUGCCUAACAAAAGACGUGUAGAUAUUGAAACAUUUUCUUUUGUCAUUUUUUUUCCCACAUUUUUGGGUUUUCUUUUUGGAGGUGGGGGGGAGGGGCAAGAGUGUUAAAACAUUUAAAAAAAAAAAAAAAAAAAAAAAACAAUGCCAACGAUGCAACUGUUUGUCAUCCAUAACUAACCUGACUGACGAGAUGACUGACGUUGUGCCAAACGUAAAUCAUCACUGGAAAUGUUUUAACCCACAUUUCAUACCACUAAUUAUUCAUUUCCACCAUUUUCUUGUUCUGGUUCAUGGAUGUGUUUUGGGGUUUUAUUUUUUUCUGGAAUUAAGCUACUCGUCUAGGCAACACUGGAGUAACAAGCCAGAGAGCGAGAUCUCUACGGGCUUAAUUUCCUCCAAAGAUGUACAAAAUCUGUCUCUCUGUGUUAGACGAGUGUGUACCGUGUGUCGUCCAUGUUCGAGAUGAUGAUGACAGGUGGGGUGGCUUCUACCGUUCGACUUCUACUGGCAAAGCACCGUGAAGAUUAAAAAAAAAAUAAAAAAAUCUACUAGACUUGAGAUGUUCAUAGAGAAUGAUGACAAUGAUAUAAAUAUACGUAUAAAUAUAAAUCUAUAUCAUUUUUAUGUGCAGAUAUUGGUGUCAAGAAAAAGCAACAAAACGGCAAGAAAAAAUUCUGUUCACUUAAAUGUUCUAAUUCCAACAGAGAAAAAGAAAGGAGAAGAAAAAAGAAUUAUAAGAAUAAUAAUGUCAAUCCCCGGUCUCAGUUGUUGUUGUUUCCGAGCUCCAUAGAUAAUCAGGCUGGAUUUUGAUGAUGUUCUGGUGCCAGGACAAUAAAAUUACUGUUUGCAGUC